AUGGCUUCCGCCGUCGAAAAAUCACCGACACAGACAGAUGUCAAGCACUCACCUCCCUCGUCCGAGUCUCCUUCCAUGCAAGAUGCCGGCGCACCGAGGGAGGUCGGCCUCAUCCUCACCCAUGACGAAUAUCAUCUCGCGACUUUGGGUUACAAGCAAGAAUUCGUCCGCUGCCUGGGCUUCUUCGAAAGUUGGGCGAGCACCUUCAGCUCAAUGAACUUCAUUUCUGGCAUUCCCGUGCUGUUCGGCUGGGUAAUGUACACUGGCGGGACCCAGGCGGCGUUGGCGAACUGGACCAUGGUCGGCGGCUUGUCUUGCAUUGUCAGUUUGGUGAUGGCUGAGCUGGCUGCGUCCUUGCCUACGACUGGUGGCAUCUACUUCUGGAGUUACCGCCUUGGGGGAGAGAAAUACGGGCCCUUCCUGAGUUGGAUGACCGCCUGGUGGAACUGGGCAGGCUGGAUUUCUGUCGUCCCGGGAGUGCAACAAGGCAGUACCAAUUUCUUGGUUUCGGCUCUCAUGAUCAAGUAUCCCGAUGCCGAGGUCCUGCACAAGGGAUGGUUCCUGUGGCUGCUCACCUCGAUCGGCAUGAUCUUCGCCAUGAUUCCGAACAUCUACAACCCGAGACUGCUCCAGUACUACUUCCGGUUCGCGGUGGCCAUCUUCUUCAGCUUGUUCUUCAUCUACUGGAUCUGGUUCCCGAUCAAGGCCUCGGAGAAGCAUUUCAACAGCAGCCACGGAGCGUUCGGGUUGUUCUACAACGGGAUCAACCUUGGCGACAAGAAGGAGGCGUCUGAUGGGUAUUGCUGGGUCAUCUCGGUCCUCUUUGGCGCUUGGGUCUUCUACGGCUACGAUGCGUCAGCGCAUCUCGCCGAAGAGACGAAGCAAGCAUCAACGGUCGUGGCCAAGGGAAUCUAUACGUCAACUUUCUCGGCCUGGAUCCUGUCUGUACCCACCCUUAUCAUCAUCCUCCUCUGCCUGCAGGACUUUGAGGGCAUCAUCUCAGCCACGUACGCGAAUAACUGGGCCGAAUAUCUAGUUCAGCUCAUCGGCGACAACGGCGCCGUGGCCAUCCUGUCACUCCUCUGGGUGGACAGCACGUGCGCAACGGCGUCGUGCUUCAUGAGCGCCCAACGAGUCACGUACGCCAUCUCGCGCGACGGAGUCCUGCCCUUCAGCUUCAUCUUCAAGAAGCUCUCCAAGAGGAAGAUGGCGGUCAACGCUGGGCUGCUCGUAUUCGUCAUGUCCUGUGUCAUUACCACUGCGGUCAUCGGCUCGGCCGUCGCCUUCUCCGCCAUUACCGCCACCGCGACCAUCGCGACCAACGUCUCGUACCUGAUCCCCAUCAUCGCAAGACAAACGGUCGGGCGCAAAUCCUUCGUGCCCGCAAAGUGGAAUCUGGGGAGGUUUUCCCUCCCACUAUCCAUCAUCGCGUCUGCAUACAUUCUGUUCCUGUUUGCCGUCCUGUUACUGCCGCAACUGUAUCCCGUCGACGCAGACACAUUAAAUUACGCACCGAUAUGCAUCGGCAUCAUCACGAUCAUCAGCCUGGUGGGCUGGUUCUUCCCCAAGUGGGGCGGCAGGCACUGGUUCUUGGGACCGGUCAAGACCAUCACCGAGGAAGAACUGAGGACCGCGAGAAUCGAAGGCGGAGUGGCGACCGUCGAGGAGGGGGAUGCGCUGGCGAAUAUGGAGUACGGGCAUCGAAAGACGAGUGUGUCGGCGUAG